CCCACUUUCUAGGCAUGAGUAAUUGCAAGAGGAAAGCGCUAUAAUCGUCAUGGACAACAAAUGUUUACAAAGGAUUGCUUUCAAUGAAGAACUAAAACAUUCUUAUGAUCAAUGAGGUACAUUUAAAUGAUAAAAGUGAAGAGUAAUGGUGUAUCUUUAGAUGCUAAUUUGUCAUAUUCUAGGUGUUUGUUAACUAACCAAAACGUGACAUUCAUGAACAACGGAGACGUGGAUGAGUCAUCCCCAUGUGUCGUUUUGCAGAUAACCAUCUCUAGAUAACUUCAGAACAUUUUUGAAUUUCUGAAGCUUUUUGAGAGGCUUUUGAUUUUCGCUUAUUACCUAUGGGACAAUUAUCAUCAGAUUUUGAGAUUAUGCCUGGUCCAAAGUAAACCACGUUUUCAAAGCAUGCAACCUUGUCGCGACGCAUGAUGACAGGACAUAGAUUUACAAAAGUGCUGGAUUGGAAGUUGACUGUCGUCACAUCUUAUACAGAUGGUGAUCUGAAAGCUUGUGGAGGCAAUUUAUCCUGCUUGUCAAAUUGUCUUUUCCAGAAGGAUGUUUUGGACUGAAGGAGAGUGUGUCUGAAAUCUGUGCAAGGCUGUUGGGCAAAGACUCUCCCCUUACGCCACUGAGACGUCCCCUCCACAUCCAUCUCCAUCCCAUUUAGCCACAGUAGCCAUAUCCUGAUCACUGGCUCCAAGAUGGAUCCUUUGGAAAGAAUGCACUUCACCACUAUCGACUAUGUCAUAUUUGCCCUAUUGCUGGUGGCAUCCAUGGGCAUAGGGCUGUAUUACGCCCUGUCAGGGGGUCGGCAGCGCACAACUCAGGAGUUCCUGCUAGCGGACCGGAGCAUGAGCUGCCUUCCUGUAUCCCUGUCACUUAUCGCUACAUUUCAGUCAGCGGUGGCUAUAGUGGGCGUGCCGGCAGAGAUCUAUACCCAUGGCACUCAGUACUGGUUCAUAGGCUGUGCUUACAUCUUGGGCCUAUUAAUUCCAGCACAUGUUUUCAUUCCUGUGUUCUACAGGCUGCAUCUUACCAGCGCUUACCAGUAUCUGGAACUGCGCUUUAGCAAACCAGUGCGUAUCUGUGGAACACUUACCUUCAUCUUUCAGACAGUCAUCUAUAUGGGUGUUUGUGUGUACACUCCGGCCCUAGCACUCAAUGCAGUUACUGGCUUUGAUCUAUGGGGAGCAGUACUGGCCACUGGACUGGUGUGUACACUGUAUACUACUCUGGGAGGCUUGAAGGCAGUGAUCUGGACAGAUGUCUUCCAGACCAUAGUGAUGUUUGCUGGCCAGCUGGCGGUCAUCGUGGUGGGGGUCCAGCAGACUGGAGGGUUAGCAGAGGUCUGGAGGAAGGUCUGGGAGGGGAACCGUAUCUCUGGCAUAGACCUGAAUCCUGACCCUACGGAGAGGUACACAUUCUGGACGCUGGGGGUGGGAGGGAUCUUCCUGAUGCUGUCUCUGUACGGGGUCAACCAGGCCCAGGUCCAGAGAUACCUCAGCUCCAAGACCGAGCGGGAAGCCAUCAUGUCUUGCUACAUGGUGUUUCCCUCUCUACAGGUAGCUCUAGCUCUGAGCUGUGUCAUGGGGCUGGUCAUGUUUGCGCGUUACUGUGGGGAGGACCAAUUUCACAAAAUAGGCAACUUAUCAAAAAAUGAGAUGGUGUUAUACUUUGUUAUGGACAUGCUGCAGGAUCUACCUGGUCUGUCUGGACUGUUUAUAGCUUGCGUAUUUAGUGCAGCUCUCAGCACCAUCUCGUCAGCCUUUAACUCUCUGGCCACAGUGACCUUGGAGGACCUGAUCAAACCACACUGCUCAUCCAUGACAGAGGCCAGGGCCACCCUGCUCUCCAAGGGACUGGCAUGUUCAUAUGGACUGAUGUGCCUGGCUAUGGCCUAUUUAACCCACUUGAUGAGUGAUUCCGUUUUGCAAGCUGCUUUCAAAAUCUUUGGAAUGGUUGGUGGUCCUCUUCUUGGCAUCUUCUGUCUCGGGAUGUUCUUUCCUUGGGCUAACUCUACUGGUGCCCUGGCGGGUUUGGGGUCAGGCCUGGUGAUGGCCUUCUGGGUGGGCAUCGGGAGCAUCGUAACCCGUACCUCUGGUGGUCCUGCUGCUGUGUCUCAUUUCAACUGCACUGCUGUACAACUCUCAGAAAACAUCACCACAGCCAUAGGGACUGCACUCAAUAGUACUGCUGUGCCUACUAGUACAUCCAGCCAACCAAUGGGUCUGCAGAGAUUCUACUCCUUAUCCUUCAUGUGGUACAGUGCUCUCAGCUCUUUCACUGUGGUGAUCACAGGGUUGAUCGUUAGCUUUCUCACAGGACCAAUGAAAGAGGAGGAUGUGACCCCAGGCACUCUGUAUCCUCUGUUGGGCAACAUGUUGUACUUCGUACCAGAUAACCUCAAACAAAAUCUGUGCUGCGCCACCCCACUGGGGCACAGGCCAAUCAUCCAGGAAUGUCCACCUGCACAACACAAGGAAAGUAAUGUUCAGGCCGACUACACAGAAGAAGAGGAGAGGCUGAACUUUCUUCCCACUUCCCCCACACCUGUUACGGAACACGAGACAACUGUGUGAUGCACAGAGACACUUCCAUAACCUCAUGUUAUGUCGUGGCACACGGGGCAGUGAAAUGGUCCACACCAUUUUAUGUCACUGUUUUUCACCGAGGACCUUUUUCUUUUGAGGAGAUGUGUUGUCGGGAGUGACUCUUAUUUUAAAACUUUGCUUCAGGUUUGUAAUUCAAGUGACUGGAUAAAAAAUGCACUGGGACUGUACAUGUAUAUUGUACAUGACGCAUGGCAAUACCAAAUAUACGUAGAGUAUUACGUAUUCUGGAAAUCAAAAGAUAAAUCCGAGGCCAUAUUAUCUAGUUCUGAGGAAUUCAGAUUUGAAUGGACCGGAUGUAUAAAUGCAAAAAAUCCGGUUUAUGUUUCCUCUCAUUACCACAUAUUACCACACAUUACCACAGAUAAGAGGAAACCCAGUGGCCGGCAGUGGGAGCAGAAGGGUUUUGGCCGACAUUCUGCCAAUUUUCUCAACGACCAAACAUUUUAUGUCCAUACAGUUUUCUGUUUCUAAAACUACAAUCUGUAACCAACUGAGAGGACUGCAUUUUGUAGACUUUACCCUUUGCCAAAGUUUGAAAAACGUUGUUUAGGAGUGCAAGGGUGAAUUGAGUUAUUGCACACCCACACUUUAGAAUAGGCAACAGAAAUAUGCAAAUAAAUGCUAGAACGUGCCAAUGGGAGCUUGUGUCUCACUAGCUUGUGCUUGUCCUGCCCACUAUGAUUAAUUUGCUCCCAUUGGAAACUACAGGCUCUGUUCAAUCUUGGGUUAGUUAUAUAUUUGAUAUCACUAUGCUGCUGUCAAUGAGAAAAUAUCUUUAAUUUGUAGAACUGAGUAGUUCUUUCAGUAAUGUGAUCCGGUGAACAACUUUGUCAUGUUGGCCUGUUGUGUCGAAGCAGAAAAUAUUUUUGUAAAAUUAUACUGAGACGGUUUUGUUAGAAAAGAAAAUCUUAAAUAAACAUUUCAAUGUA